AGGGCCAGGGCCCAAGGGUCGCCGAGGAGGCGAGGCUUGUCCCACGCUGGUCUUCAAGGCAGCCCUCCUCCCUCUCCUUACUCAUUAGCCAGCUGCCAGGUGACCUGGCCGCGGGUCCAGGCCGGGCGGGGGGUGCUCAGGCGCGUGCUCAGGCGUGCGGGGAGCCCGGCCGGCAGCCAGGGCCCGGGAUGGACAGCCUCCGGGACGCAGGGCCCCGGCAGCGCGGGGGCUGCUGCCCUGCCCCCUGCCAGCUGGUCCCCGUCGGCUUCAGGGCUGAGGCGUGGCGGCUCUUGGUCCUGUCCGGACCCCUGCUCCUGUUCCAGAUGCUGUCCUUCAUGAUCUAUGUGGUGAGCUCGGUGUUCUGCGGGCACCUGGGCAAAGUGGAGCUGGCGUCCGUGACCCUCUCCGUGGCCUUCGUCAAUGUGUGCGGCGUGUCCGUGGGCCUCGGCGUGUCCUCCGCGUGUGACACCUUGAUGUCCCAGAGCUUCGGCAGCCCCAACAAGAAGCACGUGGGGGUCAUCCUGCAGCGGGGCACGCUCAUCCUGCUGCUCUGCUGCUUCCCCUGCUGGGCGCUCUUCCUCAACACCCAGCACAUCCUGCUGCUGCUCCGGCAGGACCCCGCCGUGUCCAGGCUGACCCACGAGUACGUGCUGAUCUUCAUGCCCGCGCUCCCGGUGAUUUUUCUUUACAACCUGCUGGCAAAAUACUUGCAAAAUCAGGGGAUCGUCUGGCCCCAAGUCCUCAGCGGCCUCGUGGGCAACGGCAUCAACGCCCUGGCCAACUACGUGCUGGUGUCGGUGCUGAGCCUGGGGGUCAGGGGCUCUGCCUUCGCCAACACCCUCUCCCAGUUCGCGCAGACCGUCUUCCUGCUGCUCCACAUCACGCUGAGGAGGCUGCACCGGGACACGUGGGCAGGCUGGUCCGUGCAGUGCCUGCAGGACUGGGGCCCCUUCUUCUCCCUGGCCCUGCCCAGCAUGCUCAUGAUCUGCAUCGAGUGGUGGGCCUAUGAGAUCGGCAGCUUCCUCAUGGGCCUGCUGAGCAUGGUGGACCUCUCUGCCCAGGCUGUCAUCUACGAGGUGGCCACAGUCACCUACAUGGGAGCUUUCCUGGCAACUCAGGGCCUUUUAAACAUUCACUUUCUCAUCCCCAUGGGGCUCAGCAUCUCUGUCUGCGUCCGAGUGGGGACGUCCCUGGGAGCCGCGGACACCGUGCAAGCCCAGCGCUCCGCCGCCUCAGGCGUGCUCUGCACAGUUGGCACCUCGCUGGCUAUCGGCGCCCUGCUGAGCCUCCUGAAGAACCACCUGGGCUCCGUCUUCACCAGUGACGAGGAGGUCAUCGCCCUGGUGGACAAGGUCCUGCCCGUCUACAUCAUCUUCCAGCUGUUUGAGGCCCUCUGCUGUGUCUACGGCGGAGUCCUGAGAGGCACCGGCCGGCAGGCCUUCGGGGCCGUGGUGAACGCCAUCGCCUACUACGUGGUUGGCCUCCCGCUGGGCAUCGUCCUGGCCUUCGUGGUCAGACUGCGGACCAUGGGCCUCUGGCUGGGCAUGCUGACCUGCGGCGUGCUGGCGGCGGCGGCCCUGGCCGCCUACACUGCGCGGCUGGACUGGGCGCGGGCGGCGGCCGAGGCUGAGAAGUACGCGGGGCUGCCGCGGCGGCAGGGCAGCCAGCACCCCGAGAGCGGGCGCCCGGGAGCCGGGCCCCAGGAAGGGGCCGUGUCUGCAGUGGCCACGGGCGCCUGCCCCGGCGUCUCCCUGACGAAGUUCUCGGGCCCCGGGCGCCCCGCGGACCUCCGGGCGGACCUCGGGGCGGACCUCCAGCCGGCGGCCCCGGCCCGCCCCGCUCCCGCCCGCGGGCUGUCGGCGCGGCAGCUGGCUGUGCGCCGCGGGGCCGCGCUGGGGGCCGCGUCCGCCGCGCUGGCCGCGGGGCUGGCGGUGAGCGUCCUGGCCUCCCGGCGCUAGGGGGCGCCGCUGAGGGGGAGCCGGAGCCGCCCCGCACAGUCCCAGGCACUCCGGGGCUGCGGGGCCACAUGGCCCUCCCCGAGGCGCGCCAUAGCCCAGGGUCCCAAUGCGAUUCCGCUGUGGCCAACGGCUCCCUCCUCGCCCGACUUGAGGCGAGGCUCCGGGACUGCAGACGCUUCCAACGAGACGUUCCAGUCAGAACAACCGCCACAUUAAAAGGAAGCCUUUCCCAGCGGCUUCUGCCCCUCUGUCCGCGGCCUCCGCCCAGCGCUGGACAAGGGGCCGUGCGCCCGACCCCCCGCUUCCGGCCCGCGGUCCCCUCCUCCCCCC